AAGAGAAACAUUCGUUAAUUGAAUUCAAGUUUUACAUUUUACAUUUUACAUUUUGCUCCAAAUUGACAAUCUAAACAAAAUAAACAUUAAUGUAUAUUUUUGUUAAGAUGCAUUUACAUUUAUAAUCUACAAGAUUUUGCCUAACAAGACUAUCGACAGGGCAAACAAUUUUUUAACAAUUACAAUAGAUAUUCUACAAGUGCGAUUUUAUUGGACUAAAUAUGUGAAUGAGAUAGAGUUGAGGCAAACUAAACCUGAGGAAUCACCCGUAAUAAAAUAUAAAAGAUAAGGUUUGAACAAUUGAAGAAGCGUGAUUUAGCAGAAUAUAUGUUACUGCGGAAGAAAAUGGACAAAUAUAUUCAUCAUUGACAUUUGUGUGCGUGGACGCCACUGUAAUAUCAUUAGUGAAUGUUUGCGAUGGAAUUCCUCAUUGCCCUGAUUCUUCGGACGAAGUUGGAACACUAUGCCGUCAUAUUGUAUGUCCCAUGAACAUGUACAGAUGCAAUUAUGGUGCUUGCGUGAAUCGUACGGCGAGAUGCAACGGUUUAGUAGAUUGUGUGGAUGCUAGCGAUGAGAUCACUUGCGAUCAAGAUCCUAACGAUGUUUGUUCCGAUAAAGAGUUUCAAUGUUCUACUAAACAUCGAGAGUGUAUAUCUCUCGAUGAUGUGUGCAACGCAGAGACGAACCUAUAUAUUUUGCUCUUUUUAUCAGGAUAUAAAGAUUGCUCGGAUGAAAGUGACGAAAACGCAACAAUUUGUCGCGAGUAUCUAUGUCCCGAAUAUACGUUCCGUUGCUUGUACGGAGGUUGUAUUCAUCAGGAAGUGAUUUGCGAUGGCGUCAAAGAUUGCAUUGACGGUACUGACGAAGAUUCAAAUAUGUGCGAGGUUAUUAAUUGCGAAGGUGAAAAAUGCUCACAAUAUAAAUGCCGGGACGAAGAAUUUGCAUGUAAGAAUAGACAGCAGUGUCUACCAAUGGCUAAAAUAUGCGAUGGUAUUCGACACUGCGCAGAUACAUCUGAUGAAAAUUCAGAAAUGUGCAAAAUACGUGAAUGUCCUGAAAAUUGGUUUCGUUGCGCUUACGGUGGAUGUAUUCGACCGGAAUUGAAAUGUAAUUCUCGGUUAAAUUGUUACGACUGGAGUGAUGAGGACGAAUCUUUAUGCGCGAGAACGCUGCCAGAAGGUGCCUGUCGAUUGCCUGCUGCAAAAGCAGGAACGCAUUACAAUGUGAGCGGAUGUUCAAGAUGUCGACCAGGUGAUAUUGUUCCCGAACUCACAUCGCUCUAUUAUACUUGCGACAUUGAAGGUUCUUUACAAGGUACUGCUAGAAUCUUUUGUCAGAAUAACCGCUGGUUUCCCAGUAUUCCGAAUUGUGCUCUCAAAAACGAAAUGGAAGGAAUAACAUGCCCAGCUCCGUCUCAAGCAUACGGUGCGAUUAAACGAUGUGAGGCAAUGUGGGGUCUUCAUAAAGGAUGGUUGCCUUGCAAUCAAUCCCUCCCAGUCGGUACACGAAUUUUCCUUGAAUGUCCGGCAUUCUACGAGCGUCGCAAAGGAUCCACUAGCGUUAUGUGCCUUCAUGACGGCACGUGGAGUCAACCAUUUUUGAAUUGUAUUCCUAUCUGCGGAAUAAGGGACUCUACAGCGGCACCAUUGAUCGUAAAGGGAUGGCGCAUCGAGAAAGAAGAGACACUACCAUGGCAAGCUACUCUCUUCUCGCACGAAAAUGGUCAAUGGAGAUUUUUUUGCGGUGGUACGUUGAUAGCAGAACGCGUUGUAUUAACUGCCGGUCACUGCGUUUGGAAGACUUCGGCAGAUACAGUGCGCAUCGCCUUCGGGAUCCUCUCGAGUGAUUUAAAUCAAGCAGGAGAAAACGCGCAGGUAAUCGACGUAGAAAGCAUUGAACUGCAGAGCGCAUAUCAAGAUCAUGAGAGUAAUUAUGGCUCAGAUAUCGCAUUGCUGAUCUUGAAAGAAACUGUGAUCAUUAAUUCGGUUGUUAAACCCGUUUGUGUUCCUUUGCACUCGGAUGCGACAUUGAUAGAAUAUCAGGAAACCAAUAAAUUUGGAUUGGUAGCUGGAAUGGGAUUGACGGAGAACGAUACAUUUAGUCCAGUCUUAAGAAUAACUACGAUGAAAAUUAUUUCCGAUGAUGAAUGUCGUCGAAAUCAGAAUAGAGAUUUUUGGAAAUAUUUAACUUACACAUCCUUUUGCGCUGGAUGGGCGAAUGGCACUGGGGUAUGCAAUGGAGAUAGCGGCGGAGGAUUGGUACUUCUUCAGACAUUAAAUUCUAGCAUAUGGGAAGUUCACGGAGUCGUCUCUGUGAGCCCACGAAGAUUGAGCACUACCAUAUGCAAUCCCAAUUUCUAUACUGUUUUCACUAAGGUCUCGAUAUAUAUCAAUUGGAUUAACAAGAUCAUCGAGAAUAUACCAAUAAUUGGCCCACCUGACCGAGAUCGACAGCCAAACAGAGACGAUAUUAUUGUUUAAAAAUAGUGAUAAGUUAACAUUGCUUGAGCGCGCGCGCUUUUUUAUUGUAAAAGCUUUCCAAUCAUGAAAUCAAUACAAUAAUUUUCUUUUUAUGACUAGCUUGUAUCUUUUUAAAUAUAUUACAUAUAUAUCGAUUAACUCAUUACUAUGUAUCACAAAUAA